AUGGUACGGUUUUAAGACAUUCGGAAGUGUUCUGAUUUUGUCCAAAAACUCGUGCAUGUUUUGUUUGUUUUCCUUUUAAAUAGAUUUGAUUUUGUGACAGCAGAAAUGAGGGAGACUCCUUUGUCAAACUGUGAAAGAGAAUUUAUAAAGAAAGCGGUAGCUGAUAAAAGGAGAAUAGAUGGGCGACAAGCAUAUGAUUACAGACAUUUAAAAGUUAGCUUUGGUGUAGAAAGAGGAUGUUGUCAAGUGGAAGUUGGAGAAACAAGGGUGAUGUCACAAGUGUCAUGUCAAGUUGUUGAACCAAAGCAAGCUCGACCUGCUGACGGCAUCCUGUAUAUCAAUGUAGAACUGUCUCCAAUGGCAUGUCCAAGUUUUGAACCAGGGAGAUUGUCUGAUUUUGGUGUAGAGAUUAACAGAUUACUGGAAAGAUGUCUGAAGGAAUCAAGAUGUAUAGAUACUGAAUCUCUGUGUAUUGUGGCUGGUGAAAAGGUAUGGGAAGUAAGGGUAGAUGUGCAUGCUUUAAACCAUGAUGGAAAUUUGAUAGAUGCUUGCAGUAUAGCAGCUAUAGCAUCGCUUGCUCACUUCAGGAGGCCUGAUAUAACAGUGUCUGGAGAUGAAAUUACUAUUCAUCCUGCCUCCGAGAAAGAUCCUGUUCCACUCAGUGUUCAUCACAUGCCUAUCUGUGUUUCUUUUGCCUUCUUUGAACAAGGAAAAUUUCUGCUUGUUGACCCGACAGACAAAGAAGAGAAAGUGAUGGAUGGACGUAUGGUGAUAGGGAUGAAUAAACAUAGAGAAAUAUGUACAUUACAGAUUACUGGACAGAUGUUGCUUUUAAAAGAUCAGGUUUUAAGGUGUUCCAAUAUAGCAGUUGUUAAAGUGACAGAAAUUACAGAGCUGAUACAUAAAGCACUUGAAAAUGACAGACAAGAAAGGUCCAAGGGAGGUAAAUUUGGGUUUGCCGAAUCAGUAUGCAAGAACAAACUGACGACCAAUCAGAAAACAACAGAGCCAGUUGACAUGGAUACUGUAGAAGGUCAAAUGGCUUCAGCAUACCUACAGGGAUCAGAUGAUAGUGAUACAAGCAGUGAUAUUACCUCAUCAGAAGAUGGCGAUUCUGUUAUAAUAAUGGAGAGUGGUGUAGGAGGUAUAGGGAUGGCCGGUAAAAGCAUUGGGAUGGGUGCUAAAAGCACCUGGGAUGUGGAUGAUGAAAUGAAGGAAUUGAAAGAUGAAGAAACCAAACAAUCUACACAGAAAUUACAGAAGAGUCAUACUACCAAACAUGUAGAUGGUGGUGACCUUGGAGAUUCCAGCGAGGAGGAGACUACAGAGGUUCUUGGACAAACAGCACAGAAACAGAUGACAGGAGCACAUAAAACGAAGAAGGGAAAAUCCUGACUUGUUUUGUAAUUUGAAAAAAAAAAAAUAAAUAAAUGCACACCAGUUUUCUUACUGCUUUAUUUCACGCCUGAAGGGAUGUAUUAUGUUAACAAUUUCCUGUUCACUCUGUAACUCUUGAACCCCUUGAAGGAUUUUGAAGAAAAUUGACAUGAAUGUUCACCACAUCAAAACGAUGUGCAGAGUGCAUGUUCUGGAUGGCUCGCUUCAAGGUCAAGGUCACAUUUAAGGGUCUGAGGUCAUACCAAAGUACUUGUAAUUCAUUUUUGAAAAAAUUUAUAUUUUUAUGUUACUUAAAAACGUCAAAAUAUUUGUGACAAUGAAAGUUUAAAAUUGCUGGAUGUUGAACCAAAAUUUUGAUAUGAUGCACAGAAAAAUUCAAUAGUAAGCAUUGAAAAAGGGAAAGCGGAAUCAAGACCUUAUUCACCAUCAUUAGCUCACCUGAGCAAUGCUCAGGUGAGUUUUUGUGAUCGCUUGAUGUCCGGCAUCUGUCUGUCGUCUGUCAACAUUUAGCUUGUGUAUGCGAUAGAGGCUGUACUUUUCAACUGAUCUUCAUGAAAUUUUGUCAGAAUGAUAACCUUGAUCAAAUCUAGGCAAGUUUGAAAAUAGGUCAUCUUGGGUCAAAAACUAGGUCAAAUCAAAGAAAAACGUGUUUGCGAUAGAGGCUGUAUUUUUCAACUGAUCUUCAUGAAAUUUUGUCAGAAUGAUGACCUUGAUGAAAUCUAGGCCAAGUUUGAAAAUGGUUCAUCUGGGUCAAAAACUAGGUCACUAGGUCAAAUCAAAGAAAAACCUUGUGUAUGCAAUAAAGGCUCUAUUUUUCAGCUGAUCUUCAUGAAAUUUGGUCAGAAUGAUAACCUUGAGGAAAUCUAGGCCGAAUUAAAAAAGCGGUCAUCUGGGGUCAAAAACUAGGUCACUAGGUGAAAUCAAAGAAAAACCUUGUGUAUGCGAUAGAGGCUGUAUUUUUCAACUGAUCUUCAUGAAAUUUUGUCAGAAUGAUAGCCUUGAUGAAAUCUAGGCCAAAUUCAAAAAUAGCUCAUCUGGGGUCAAAACCUAGGUCACUUGGUCAAAUCAAAGAAAAAACCUUGUGUAUGCGAUAGAGGCUGUAUUUUUCGACUGAUCUUCAUGAAAGUUUGUCAAAAUGAUUGCCUUGAUGAAAUCUAGGCCAUGUUCGAAAAUGGUUUAUCUGUGGUCAAAAGCUAGGUCAAAUCAAAGAAAAACCUUGUGUAUGCGAUAGCGGCUGUAUUUUUCAACUAAUCUUCAUGAAAUUUUUUGUCAGAAUGGUUACCUUGAUGAAAUAUAGGCCAAGUUGAAAAUAGGUCAUCUGGGGUCAAAAACUAGGUUACUAGGUCAAAUCAAAGAAAUACCUUGUGUAUGGGAUAGAGGCUGUAUUUUUCAACUGAUCUUCAUGAAAUUUUGUCUGAAUGAUUGCCUUGAUGAAAUCUUAGCCAAGUUCCAAAAUGGGUCAUCUGGUUUCAAAAACUAGGUCAAAUCAAAGAAAACCCUUGUGUAUGCAAUAGAGGCUGUAUUUUUCAACUGAUCUUAAUGAAAUUUUGUCAGAAUGAUUACCUUGAUGAAAUCUAGGCCAAGUUCGAAUAUGGGUCAUCAAGGGUCAAAAACUAGGUCACUGUGUCAAAUGAAAGAAAGACCUUGUGUAUGCGAUAGAGGCUGUAUUUUUCAACUGAUCUUCAUGAAAUUUUGUCAGAAUGAUAACAUUGAUGAAAUCUAGGAUAAGUUUGAAAAUGGGUCACCUGGGGUCAAAAAUUAGGUCACUAGGUCAAAUCAAAGAAAAAACUUCGUGUAUGCAAUAGAGACUGUAUUUUUCAGUUGAGGUUCAUAAAAUUUGGUCAGAAUGAUAGCCUUGAUGAAAUUAAGGUAAAGUUCGAAUAUUGGUCAUCUUGGGUCAGAAACUAGGUCGCUAGGAAAAAUCAAAGAAAAAUGUUUUGUAUGUGAUAGAGGCUGUAUUUUUCAAUUGAGGUUCAUGAAAUUUGGUCAGAAUGAUUGCCAUGAUCAAAUCUAGGUCAUCUAUGCUCAAAAACUAGGUCACUAGGUCAAAUGGAAGAAAAAACAAGCCUUGUUUACACUUAAGAAACCACCUUUUUGGUUCAAUCUUAAUGAAAAUUGGUCAAAAUAUUUUUUUGUAUGAAAUCACGAGGUCAGACAUGUUUACACUGUUAUGGUGUGUUUCUCAGGUGAGCGACCUAGGGCCAUCUUGGUCCUCUUUUUACGUUUUGGGUUCAGGUAGGAAUUAUACAAAAAGCUUACUCCGGUUUAUAUUUCCAAAACUGAAUGCUGAGCUGUGCAGAAUCAAGGUUAAAUAGUAAUACAAACUCAAUAUGACUGUCUUAAUAAUAAAUGUGUGGACAGGACAAUACAUGGUGCAGAUGCAUUUAUAACUAUACAGUGUAAUAUGUAUUUGUAAUAGAUUACUAGAUCAGCUUCGAGAAAUAUGUACUUAUUUUGUGGAGCAUUGCGCUCCGUAUCUCCACUGCAGAACUUGUACAUAUUAGUCUAUACAAAAUACUAUAACCUAUUAAUAUAAAAUUUUUAUGUGGUUUAUAAACAUGCAAAAGGCUAGAAAAAAUAGGUUUUAUAAUAAUAUGUUAAUUAUUUUUCAUUCAGCAACAACUUUUCUAGGUAAAAUUUUUUGUGAAAGAAACAAAUGGAAUAGGAUUGGCAAACUAAGUAUGAAUUGCUAGUGCUUUUCAUAUUCUGUUGUUCAUUUCACAUUAACUAUGAAAAAUGUUUAUUUCUUUUCUUAAUUGUAUCAUUAUUGUAGCUUCUAUGGAAACAUGAUCUUGUCAUGUUUUAUGCAAGAUUUUUUUGUUAUUAAACAAAGAAGGCUGAAA